AGAAUUAAAGACAUUUUUCAAAUUCUUUUUAUCAUAAUUUUUUAUGUAUGAUGGAUCUAAAUGCCAGUUGACGAGUUGUUCUGAGGCUUGUAGAUUGCCAAACGACUUAAAAGUAUACUGGCAGCAGUAUCCAUGGGGACUUGGCGAACCAGUGUGCAAGAUGCGAGCGUUCAUUGCAGAAAUGACAGGAUAUGCGUCUGUACUCACCAUUGUAGCUUUCACCAUAGAGCGUUACAUUGCUAUAUGCCAUCCACUUUUCCUCCAAAAAAUGCCAACACUACAAAGAGCCAUCAAGUUCAUAACUUCUGUCUGGAUAACCUCCUGCCUGUGUGCCCUGCCUUUUGCUUACUACACUAGAAUUAAUUACAUAGAUUACCCAAUAGGUUCUGGCAAUUACUUAAAAGAGUCCGCAUACUGUGGUCUUCCGAUGGAAAUUCAACACAUUACGAGACCCUUACUUCAAGCUGCAACGUUCAUAUUUUUCUUUUUCCCGCUCACUCUAAUUCUCAUUCUCUACAUAAAAAUAUCUUUAAAGCUGAGAAGAAAUAAAUUCGCAAUGAUGGCAAGUGAGAACUCUAAGUCCGGGACUUCUAACAGAGUUGAGAACGAGGUAGAGCUACGAAAGUCAGAGAUCCGGAGAUCAGUCAACAAAAUGCUAAUUGCAGUCGUCAUUGCUUUCUUCAUUUGCUGGGCGCCUUUUCAUGCUCAACGCUUGUUGGCAGUUUACGUCGCACCCGAAGACUGGACAGUGACAUUGAGAAGAGCUAACGAAAUAUUAUAUUAUGCAGCAGGAUGCUUUUACUACAUAAGUUCCACAAUAAAUCCUAUUCUUUACACUUCAAUGUCUUCAAAAUAUCGCGGAGCUUUUAUGUCCACUUUGCGAUGCUUUAUGGGAAGGAAGACGAGCAACGGCAGCAUUACUCUCACAAGUCAACAUACUCAGCAUCGCCAUGACACGUUGCAUUUGGACAAGGAGUUGUCAACGCGGGUUUCCAAGCAGUCUUUCGCCGCUGAUGCUUCAGUUUUUGCACAUUGCCGUCAAGCCAGUCUCAUUCAACCUUCAUCCCUCUCGCAGACGCAAGACAAACUUUCGCCAGUCGAAGAAAGAGAAGUCAAUGGAAAACGCCAAAGUUUAACCGUUGAAACUCAUUCAGACGAAAACGAAGAAGAAAGAGAAAACAAUAAAUACCGUGACACUCCGUAUUCAAAUUGUAUUGGUAAACAGAUUAUGCUUGUGGAAGAAGCUAAGCAGAAUCCUUUUAGAACUUCCGAAGACACAGUGGCACAUAUUUCAAUGAAAGAUAUGAUAGUAAAUGUUGAUGGUAUAAAUCGGCAAUGUUCCCAAGAAAGGAAGGGAUGUACCGCUAAUAAUAAAUCCACAUUGUAUAAUAAAAGUAGCGAAACAUUUGUAUAAUAUCUGCAUAAAAGAAAAACACAUAUAGUACAUGAGUAUAAAUGAGUGUGUCCAGCCUUCUUGUUACGAAAAUAUUGUUAUAAAAAAUGUUUAUCGAGCUUUUCUUCACUCAUUUUAGAAAGAUCCCCUUAAAGCCACAUGUAAACUCGAGCUUGUUUGUACAAUAUAUUUAUUAUGUCUUACUCUGUG